AUGUCUGAAACAACGGACGAUUUGUCAAAAAUUAAUUUUGAUUCCGAUUGGCAAUGUUGUCAACAGACAAUUGAUAAAAUUGAUGAUGUGACAAUUUCAAGGUUAACUUCGAUGCAUGAUGAUUAUCAAUGGGUUUCUGUAAAAUUACCUCAUAACCUUGAGAUUAAAAAGAAAAAUUAUAAUUGUUGGUAUCGUAAACAAUUUAACUGGAUAAUAUCUGAAGAACAACCUGAUCAACAAAUUGAUUUAAGUUUCAAAUCAUCGAAAAAUGAUACGAAUUUGAAUAUAUCGGAUGCUACGGUAACAAUAUGGUUGAAUAAAGUACAGAUUUUUUCUGGUUCAUCUAUGUCAUUAAAAAAAUCAAUUGAAUUGACUAAAGAUUUAUUACAUGAUCAAGAAACAAAAAAUACAUUAUUGAUAUUGUGUAUAAAUAUGAGUCUUUCUUUUCAUGCUCGUCUUAAGAUUCAUGGUAAAGUCGUUUAUGCAACUGGACAAAUUCCACUCGAUGAUAAAAUAAUUGAUGACAAUAAGAAGUCUACUGAAGAGAAUACGGAUUCUCUUCAAUAUACAGUUUCUUUCAAUGAUAAUGAUGGACGUAUUGAUAUUGAGUUUGAUCCAAAACAAAAACUCGAUGCAUUCUUAUCAUCAUCAUCGAAAGUUCCUUCUAAACCUAUCAUUAACGAAAAGCAUGAAAAUUUAGAUGAUAUACCAAUACCUCGUCUUGCUAUUGUUGUACUCAUUGUUGGCACAAGAGGUGAUGUACAACCAUUUAUUGCUCUUGGUCAAGCAUUACAUGCAGCAGGACAUCGUGUUCGAUUAGCUACACAUGAACCAUUUCGAUCGUUUGUUCGUGGCAAUGGUCUUGAAUUUUAUCCAUUAGCGGGUGAUCCAGCUGAUUUAAUAGCAUUUAUGGUUAAAAAUGCUGGUGUAAUUCCUUCGAUGAGUAGCAUUGUUGCAGGUGAUAUAACAAAAAAACGUCAAUCUCUUGCUGAAAUCCUUGCAUCAACAUGGAAUGCAUGUACAGCUAAUGAUGAUGAAACAUCUGUUCCAUUUACAGCAGAAGUUAUCAUUGCUAAUCCACCAUCAUUUGGUCAUAUUCAUUGUGCAGAAAAAUUACAAAUUCCAUUACAUAUGAUGUUUACUAUGCCUUGGUCACCUACCACUGCUUUUCCUCAUCCAUUAUGUAAUAUUGAUAAUACAAAAGGACCUCGAGACAAAGUUAAUUUUUAUUCUUAUGAUGUCUUUGAAGCGCUUACAUGGAGUGGUAUGGGUGAUCUUGUAAACAAUUUUCGAACGAAGAUUCUAAAACUUGAACCAUUAAAUAAUCGUCAAGCUAUAGGAGCAUUGAAUGAUGAACAGGUGCCACAUACUUAUUGUUGGUCACCAUUUAUUGUUCCAAAACCUGACGAUUGGGGUUCACACAUUGAUGUAUCUGGAUUUUUCUUUCUUGAUCUUGGUACUACUUUCGCUAAUCCACCUGAAGAUUUACUUAAUUUUCUUGGUCUUAAUUCUCAGAAUAAUGAUAAAUUAUCACCACCAAUCUAUAUCGGUUUUGGCUCUAUUGCAGGACAUGAUUCUGCUCGUAUUCUUAAAGUUAUUGUUGAAGCUAUUAAUAUAACAGGUUAUCGAGCUCUUCUUUCUGGCUUUGGUGAAAAUAAGGAAAUUGUACCUGAUAAUAUUUUUAAAAUUGGUAAUGUACCACAUGAUUGGCUUUUUCAAUAUGUAUCGGCUGUAUGUCAUCAUGGUGGAGCAGGUACAACUGCAGCUGGUCUACGCGCUGGUAAACCGACAAUUAUCGUACCAUUUUUCGGUGAUCAAUUUUUUUGGGCCAAUAUCAUAGAGAAAAAUGGUGCUGGACCGGCUCCACAACCUGGAAAAACUGUAACUGCAGAUGAGUUGGCCGAAGCUUUUAGAUUUGUUCAUAAACCAACAACACGAGAAGCUGCUGAACGUAUACGUGAUGCUUUAUUAAAGGAAGAUGGAUGUACAGCAGCAGUACGGGCAUUCCAUGCUAAUCUACCAUUAUCACGUAUGCAUAGUGAUCUUGAAUCAACAUUUCCUGCUUGUUAUCGUUUGAAUAAAUAUAAGAUACAAAUAUCAAGACCUGUCGCUCAAGUACUUGUAUCAGCAGGUAUAAUAAAAGAAUCAGAUCUUUCUUAUCAUGCUACUCGGGAAUGGCAAUUUAUGUAUGCUAGUUAUAUGGGUAUACCAACUGUUGGUUUAAUGCAACACACUGUAAAAUGUUUCUCCAGUAUGUUCAUCGAUUCCGCUAAAGGAAUACAUCAAGCCACCAAAAGUCAAGAUCUAGCAACAGGUGCAAAAGAUGCUGCUGGAAGUGUUGCAAAGGGUUUCGGUAUUGGCUUAGGACAUUUUACGAUCGGAUGCUUGUCUUUUUACGGUGAAAUAACUGAUGUACUUGAUCGUGUUCCUUCACUUUACGAUCCCUACAGUGAACCGAGUACAUACAAAAGAGAACAUAUUAUAGAUUUUAAAUCGGGUGCUAAAGCAGCUGGACUAUCAUUAUGGCAUGGUUGGAAAGAUGGUUUCGUAGGUAUUGUCAAAGAACCGUAUGUUGGAUAUCAACGUCAUGGUAUAUGGGGUGGUGCAGGUGGUGCAUUACUUGGUUCUGUUAAUAUUAUCGUAAAACCUGCAGCUGGUACUCUUUCUUCAAUUACCUGGCUAGGUCGAGGUACAUAUGCUAGUGCCAAAAAAGCAGUAAAAAAUCGUGAUAGUGAUAAAAAAUCUAUAUCAAUCAAGGUAUUAGAUUCUCCAUCAACUACAGAAAAUAAUCAGCAUCAAGAAAAUGAUAAACAUGAAAGUAAUGUUAGUGAUAAUGACAAUGACAUUUCACAAGCCGCUAAAACGGCAGCAAAUAUAUCUGGUUUUCAUCCGACAGUAUGUCAACAUAUUCUUGAUGAAUUUGAUAAAAUUAAAAUACAACAUGAUCAACCACAAAAUGUAGCAAAAUCCUCGCAUAAAGAAUCACAUGAUAAACAUCAUUUUCGAUGGCAUAAAUCCUCUGAAGACCCUGACAAGAAAUAA